UAGUGCAGUCAGCCGAGCACAAUUUACUGUUGCACAUGUUUGUUUUGUUUAGCCUAGCUAGUCACAACCUCGAAGCUGCAACACCUUUUAAACCACAAGUACCGCUGAACUCCUACUAAAACACAAUGAAACCCGCAGUGGAUGAGAUGUUUCCUGAAGGAGCCGGACCCUACGUGGAUCUGGACGAGGCAGGAGGCAGCAGCGGCCUGCUUAUGGACCUGGCAGCCAAUGAAAAAGCAGUGCACUCUGAUUUCUUUAAUGACUUUGAGGAUCUGUUCGAUGACGAUGACCUGCAGUGAUGAGCAUCAGCAUCUGUGUGUUUCUGUGAACGUGUACAUAAGAAAAGAAAUUAUGAAAAUGGGCUUAUUCUGACUAUGCGUUCUCUCUGAUUUGUACAGCCCCCUCCUCCUACAUGUCUUUUACCACCAAACUGAAAUAAAGACUUUGUUUUUACAAAAAAAAAGCUGCCGUGGUAAA